UAGGCUGAGGUAGCCCCAUAGACACAGUGUAUAAUAGUGGUGUAGCUACAUUGGCAGCAGCAACUAUGAGAGGAGAUAAGUUUACAGGUUGAGCUAGGCUGGUUGGCAGCCUUUGUCGCAUUCUUGGAGGAACAACACGAACCGUGGGACGUCGAAGAGUCGUGGGACAGUCCGUGUAACUGGAACAAUAAGUGGUGGAUACAUACGGUUUUUGGACGGAGAGCAGCGGCGGCGGCAGCAGGAGCAGGGCGAGUGUGUGAGUGCUUUGGCGGCGGUCCCGCUGCUAGCGAAACAUGAACAAAAACCACCGAGUGCCGAGCAACCGUUCUCUGAGUGCUGUGGAGGUGAAGAGCAAGUUUGGUGCAGAGUUUCGUCGAUUCUCACUGGAUCGGUCGAAGCCGGGCCGCUUUGAUGAGUUCUAUGGCCUCCUGCAGCACGUACAUCGCAUCCCCAAUGUGGAGUUGUUGGUGGGCUAUGCUGACAUUCACGGCGACCUACUGCCCAUCAACAAUGAUGAUAACUACCACAAAGCCAUCUCCACUGCCAGCCCUCUACUCAGACUGUUCCUGCAGAGGAAAGAGGAAGCUGAUUACACAACGUUUGGUACGGACUCGCUGACCAGGAAGAAGAACACAGUGCUUUCAGCGGUUCUUCUACGGCCUGACACCAACAGGAAAAAACCACCAGUGAUCAUCAGCCUGCCAAGGGACUUCCGCCCCGUCUCCUCCAUCAUCGAUGUGGACAUCCUUCCUGAGACACACCGACGCGUUCGCCUGUACAAACAUGGUCAGGAAAAACCGUUGGGCUUCUACAUCCGUGAUGGCUCCAGUGUGCGGGUCACUCCACAGGGCCUGGAGAAGGUCCCAGGCAUAUUCAUCUCUCGCAUGGUGCCUGGUGGGCUGGCGGAGAGCACUGGCCUAUUGGCAGUCAACGAUGAGGUGCUGGAAGUUAACGGUAUCGAGGUAGCUGGAAAAUCUUUGGACCAGGUGACGGACAUGAUGAUCGCUAACAGUCACAACCUCAUCAUCACCGUCAAGCCUGCCAACCAGCGGAACAAUGUUGUUCGCAGUGGAGGAGGAGGAGGAGGAGGCACGGCGUCCGGUAGCUCGGGACGCUCGUCAGACAGCGGUGCCAGCUACUACGGCUACUCAUCGCACAGUGGGGUUGGUGCUGCGGCCUCCAUGCCAUCACACAUCAUCCAGAACUUCCCAGUUGGGGAGUUGGAGAGCGACGAGGACGACGAGGACCUGGUGAUCGAGGCAGGGGGUGAGGCUGAGCCCAUCAGACGCGCCCCCUCCAACUAUAGCAUGCCCUCGCUGCCUCGCUACGAGCCGCACCUCAACCUCCGCACUGCCGCCACCUCAGCCUCUGCCCUCUCUUUCAACGCCAAUGGAACCCUGCCAGCCAGCGGCAGCAGCGGAUCACUAAGCAACGCCAAUGCCACUUCGACCACACCGUCCCCAGACAGAGCAAAUGAGAGGCGGAGUCUUGAGGAGGAGGGCACUGUUAUAACUCUGUAGGCAUUCACACGCUAAACACUGGAAACCAGAGAGAGACAAAAAAACUCAUACUUUUAUUCACACUUGUGGGAGUCAUGGAUCAGCUGAUCAAACACGGGAAUAUCCUGCACCAUCAUACAGCGACUGUACCUGAGAAGCACAAUGAAAAGUGUACAUAUUAAAUCACAAUGUACAUCCUAACAUUUACCCAUCAAACACUGCACUCCAUACUUUACAUGCCAAUGACCAUGUGUGUGUGCCAUAGUGGUGAUGCCCCCCUCCCACCUCGCCAGUACACAGAAAGUGUAGUAUGAUUUUUAUGCCCUCCACUUCAUCUCUAAACCACUACAUGCACCUGUUUUAAACCUGGAAAAUGUUUUUACGCUGAGCUUCCACAAGAGAGCAGAGAUGAGACUCCCAAUCAUCAGUCCCAUGAAUAGAUGAAGACUGAAGUCCUGUGAACAAGUUAAUUCCACCCAGUGGCGUCCUCAAGGGGGGCCAUGGCCCCCCAGUAUAGUUGCUCCUCCCUCUCACUGGCCCUCCUGCGAAAAUAAUUGGAGGCCGACACUACUGUCUUAAAGAAGCUGUGGAAGCUGCGUGAAGGUAGUACUAUCUUGUAGGCAAAGAGCCAGUAUACUUCAACAGCAUAAUUGAAUUUCUGACUUUCAGGCUUUUGGUUUUAGUUUGCCACCCCAAUAUUUUCAGUGGCCCCAUCUGGCCGGCCCUAUGAAAAAUUUCUGGGGGUGCCACUGAGUCCACCCCACCAUUACAAACAGACAUUGAAGCUCAAGCAUUUGUUGACAAUCUGUGGUUGUUUUUUGCCUCGUCACCCCACCCCUGCACCACACUCUGACCGCCUCCCUUUCCCCAGGUGACCACAGCAUUCUUUUAGUAAAUGGUUGCGGUACUUUCCACACAAUUCAGUACUGCAACAGUCGACCAAGUGCUGAGAUCUGCAAUAAUACUGUAUUUUUUUUUUAAUUGAGGAGAAACCACCGAAAAAACAAGUCUGGGUUCUUUGUGUUGACUCAGAUGCUUUUAACCAUGGUUGUUAGCGGUUCUUCUUCUUUUUACCUGCUGUGUUAAUGACUGAUAAUGAAAGAUUGAUGAAUUUGGUAAUUUUUGGGAGCAAGUUUUAAAUAUCCCUUUACCACCAGGCCUGUGUUUUAUAUUAUUUGAAUGUUUCUGUUUCUUUUUUUAACAGUACUUGUACCUUGCAGAUGACUGUAUGACCAGUUUCCAUCUGACCUAUUGGAGGUUUCGAGUCACUCCAGAAAAAUUGCUCCUAACAGGAAAUGAAACAUACUAGAAUUAAUUUCGUAUUUCCUUCAUAUUGCACUCCCUCUCCCUUCCACGACAAGGGCUAUUUCCCCUGCUGCAUGUGUACAAAUGACAAAAUGUGAAUGUGAUUUAAUAUGUUUUGUUUGUUUGUUUUCUCCCUCUUCAUUCUUUCUGGACCGUGACUCAAUAUAUCGUAUCUCAGUGCUGUACAAUAUAUUCUGUAUGUCUGUAGUUUUCUAGCCAGAAGUUCACUUGGAUGUGUCCUGAGACAUUCACAUAUGAAAAGUGUUCUCUCCAGUAUUUCUACACCAUUAACUUUUUUGUAUCUUCAUUCUCAUUGAAUUAAAUUAAUGGCGUACUAGGAGAGAAUAUAAUGCAACAACUGUGUUAAGAAUGCUACCAAAUGACUUUGACUUUUGGGCCUAAAUGGCAGAUUGAUAGCUGGACUGUAACACUGUUAGCAAGUAGAGCUGCAAAAAAGAGUUUAAAUGAGUGAUACAUACAGUUACGAGAGAGAAACCACCCAUAUCUCAAAAAUAAGCCCUGGUUAGAUUGAGUCAUAUUUAAACAAACACACAUUGCAGGUACACUGGGCACAAACUGAUUCACGUAGUGUAUUUAAUAAAGGUGAGGCAGGUCUGUGUUAUGUACAGUAUGUUGGCAUUUCCAUUGCAGCUGUUCCCCUGAGCAAGAAAAAAAAAAAAAAAAAACGAUUAGGCCUAAAUUU